UGCAAUAAUAUUUGUGGGUGGGGCUGGAAUUUCGUCUACUAUUUUUCCAUAAGAGGUGCUGCAGCCUAAAACGGUUAUAAACUGGAGUGCUUUGGUUUAGAAUGGGGAAUCUUGCAGGCAAGCGUAGCAAAGAAUACAAGCUGCUAAUGGUUGGUCUAGACCAGGCUGGUAAGACCACGGCUCUCUAUUUCCUUAAAUAUGGAGAGAUCCAAAUGUCAUCUGGAUCUACCAUCAGUUUCAAUGUGGAGACUAUCAAUCAUCAAGGUUAUGACUUUGUGAUUUGGGACAUCAGCGGAAAAGAGAAAAUACGACGAAUGUGGAAGCAUUACUACAAGAGCACAGAUGGUGUAAUCUUUGUUGUGGACAGCACUGAUAGUGGAGAGGAGAGAGUUGAGGAAUGCAAAGAAGCUCUGUCUAUGUUCAUUGGGGAAGAUCUACUCAGAGGAUGUACCCUCUUAGUAUUAGCCAAUAAGCAAGACUUACCAGAUGCUAUGUCAAUUGAAGAAAUCUCAGAGAAGCUAGGAUUGGAAUCUAUUCAAGAUAGGAGAUGGCAUAUUGAAGGUACGUGCGCUAUCAGUGGAGAGGGGAUAUAUGAAGGACUGGAUUGGCUGCAUUCAGUUCUCACUGAGCAAAAACAAUCAUAGACUAAUUUAUUUUCUCAAUUUUUAUGCCACUUGUCUACAUCACCUUUUUUGUACAGAUGCACUAUUCAUAUUUGUUAGUCCCCAUGGAAACAA